AUGGCAAGAAGUUGGUCGCCCAUUGUGGCAACUCUGCUCCUGCUCAGUCUGAGCCAACUGGCAGCUGGCGGUGUGAUGGAUAAUGUGAAUGAUGGCUUGAAGCUGGCUGGACAAAUGUUUGGCAUCAAUACGGCCGCUGAUGUGGCCAAUUUGGUGGCCCAGGCAUUUUCCAAGACAACAACACGCAAGAAACCCGAUUUGAUGAGUGUAUUACAACAAGGAUUCGAAUCACAAAGGCAGUAUGAAUGGGAGGAGCAGGAGCAGAGUCAGCAACAAGAGGGAGAUGAUUAUCAAGGGGAGCAGCAAACGGAGGCGGAGAAUGCACAAGAGUCGCCUCCACUGGAUCAAGGAUCAAGACGUCGUCCAUUGCAGUUCAACAGUGUUCAAAUGUUGACAAAUAUGAUGCGCAUGAUUGGCUUUGAUCCACGUAAGCUGGGUGCACUGGCUCUCAAUGCCAUUGUGAUGAUUGCACAGGCGAUUGGCAGCACUAUUAUCCAAGCUACACGUGGUGGGGGCGACAAGGAUACUGGACCCGAGGCUCUCUUUGAGCCCAGCGAGCAUCAGCCCAGAUCUUUGGCAUCUGACAGUCCCAUCGAUUGGUUCCUCAAGCGUCCUGGAUCACAUACCCAGCGCAUGUUGCGUCGCAUCAUGGAUCAUAAAUUGCCCGAACAUGUUGUCGACAUGAUUGCGGACAAGGAGACAACAGAUGGCAACGAAGCCGCCUGCCUGAAGCUGCUCAUGUGCAAGAGUUCACCCAUCAUUUGGGGCAUGCAGCAAUCUCUGAAGAAGCGUCUGGCGGGCGAACCCGACGAGCACGAUGAGGAGAGUUACAUGAAUGCGAAUAUGUUCUUCAAAUAUUUGCCAAGUUUGCAUGAAUACAAAGAACACGGCGUGAGCUGUGAGACACGUUUUGCCAGGCAUUGUCCGCGAAAUCUAACUUUAGACAAACCAUAG